AAGAUUUCUAGAAUCAAGGGGAAACAUAACAAGGGGAAACGUAGGCGGUGAUGUAAUAAACAAAACAAUCAGUCAAUCAGCCAUUUUACGUAGCCGGUACGUGCCAAAAAUGUAUUAUGUAUGUUAUCUAUACUCUUAUGUAUACGAUUUUCAGGGCUUAUCACUAGCGGGUCGUUGCCUGAAGGCUGCCUGUAGAAUGCGCGCGGCGCAGGAUCGAUUUUUCCACCAAACAAGCCAUUUUCAACCGUCAGUGACAUUGUAAACACGUUCUCCGCGUUACUCACGCUAUCUGGCACAACACAACAUGUGAAAUUGUUUCGCAAAUGAUGCGCCAACAUCCCCGAACAGAAUACGAUGGCCGCACAAAAUAAAGUGGAAAAUAGUUCAGGCGAUAUGCCGUCGACGACAGACCCAGCAGCAGAACAGAAAGACCGCCUCAUCGCAGCUGUUAAGAAAGAAGUCAAGCAGUUGAUGGAAGAGGCGGUUACACGGAAAUUUGUUCAUGAAGAAAGUGGUGGAGUGACAGCACUGUGCGGUGCUGUGGAAGCCUGCCUUGGCCAAGGAUUGCGCAGACGCGCUCUUGGGCUUUUCAAGACCAGCUCUACAACUGCUCUUCUACAUAAGAUUGCGAAGCACUGCCCAGAAGCGGCUCUAGUAUCAGCGAGGGUGCUCUCUGCAGAGGGUGCCCCAGCGACCCGUUCUGCGUCCGGCGUAGAACGAAGACCAUCAGCCCCGCGCCCACCAUUACACAAACGAGGAUCGGGCUCUUUACUUGGCUCACAGCCACCACCCACAUAUAGAUAUCUUUGGAUUCGUAUCGCCUUAUUUGAGCGUCAAUUGGCAAAGAUUAUAGAGCAUCUUGUGAAUAAUGCUACAAGAUAUUACGAAAGGGACGCUUUAGUUGCUGAUCCUGACUAUGGGAGUAUUUUAAGCUCACUCCUCGUUGGACCAUGCGCUUUAGAAUAUUCUAAGGCUAAAGCGCCAGCAUGUUUUUGGACAGACCCACCCGCUGAUGAAUUGGUUCAAAGACACCGAAUGUCAGCUGGGACAACGACGCCCCCUUCGGUGAGAAGGCCUAUACUUAACUUUAGGAGGAGUCUCAACGCUUCGUCCGAUGACAAUGCGUCAGUAAAUGGAUCAGGAAAUGCUACAGCAUCUAGUGCCAAAGAUUAUGUAGAAAGUUUACAUCAGAAUUCGCGUGCAACAUUAUUGUAUGGAAAAAAUAAUGUUCGGGUGCAACCGAAAGACGUAGAGGAGGCUAUGCCAGGAUAUUUAAGCCUGCAUCAAUCAGCUGCUGGUUUAGUGAUUAAAUGGACGCCUAAUCAACUCAUGAAUGGCUAUGCCGAAAGUGAAGGGAUUGAUAAAAGCAUUCGUUAUCACCUAGUGCAUGUGUCGGCGUGUCAAAACAAGUGUAUUCUGUGCAGUGCUGCCCCCUGUACUGUUUACAGGCGUCUAUGUGCUGGACCGCUUUGCUUUGAUUGUAUUUACUGGGCAAUGUCAUUACAAGUGUGUGUGUGGGAAGUCGUAUACGUCCACGUACAUCGUUCACAAGCAAGUGAUGCUCUAAUUCUAGUUGGGCAAGAUGGUGUCCAACGUCCCCCAAUACAUUUCCCAAAAGGUGGUCACCUGCUUUCCUUUUUAAGUAAUUUGGAGACGGGUUUACUUCCACAUGGCCAAUUGGAUCCACCACUUUGGUCUCAACGCGGGACGGGCAAGGUGUUUGGUAGAAACAAAGGAAGAAGACGUCCGAUGCCAAGUCUAUGUGAAAGUGGAGAAAAUGAGGAUCCGGAGGUUGAUGAGGUUGCUGGCGAUUAUGUCUUUCGUAUCGUCAACAACGCUAUUGCAGAUCGGGAAGCAAUGCGCCACUCCCUACUAGAACGUGUAAUUCAAUCACCUCCACGUACCCCUCGUCGGACCCUGGCCUCUACAUCCACUACAUCAUCAGAUUCCAGCACCAUGUCAGUUGACUGCCCGCCUAUUAUUGGGAAUUUAACUCAGACAACAACACAAGUGUCUCUUGAACAGGCUGCCUCAAUAGAGCUUGUAUGCAGCACAAUGCGUCGACAAAUAAUCUCCCGAGCGUUUUAUGGAUGGCUGGCGUAUUGCCGGCAUCUUUCCACUGUACGGACCCAUCUUAGUGGCCUUGUGCAUCCAAAUAUUGUUCCCGGAGAAAAUACCAAUGAAGGUCUAACAGAUGCAAUAUGGCGAUCAAUGAUGGAUGAACAAGGAGCCAUCGUUGAUAAGGACGAGGUGUAUAGAUUGGUGUACUACGGAGGAGUACAGCACGACAUAAGGAAAGAAGUCUGGCCGUUUUUACUUGGAUAUUAUGAAUUUAACACAACAUUUCAAGAGAGACAAGAGCAGGACUGUACCUACCGUCGUCAGUAUGAGACUACGAUGUCUGAAUGGCUUUGUGUUGAAGCUAUUGUAAAGCAAAGGGAUCGGGAGGCGACAGCGGCAUCUAUUGCACGGCUGUCUGAAUCUUCUGGAAAACGUAAACCUGAAAUUGAGCCUUGCGAAGUCUUUGAAGACGACUGCAGUGUAAUAUCAGAUAAUCCACCAGUUGUAUCACCGGAGCCAAGCGAAAACGAACAGAAAAGACUAGAGGUCAAACCUGUGCUAUCCCGAGCUCCAAGCAUAGACGAAAUAGAUAAUAUAGAGCUAGAUGAAGAAAAGAAUGAGAACGGAAUGAAGAUUAACGGAGAGACUGAUACUUGUGAAGAUAUAACUUUGGAUGAUGAUGACGAUGAUGAAGUUUGUAUUAAAAGUGUUGUGGAAAAUCCGGAUAUGAGAAGAGAGAGUAUUGCAGAAAUUAAAAGAUUGGCAGAAGGAAUCGUGCAAAAGGGAGAAGGAAGAGGUUUAUUGUGUAGUGUUGACAGUGGAAAUGCUAAUCUUAAUGGAAAUGAGAAUAAGUCCAUCGAAGAACCGGCACCUAAUCAUGCGCAUAGUGUUAUUGUUACAAAUCCAUCAGUAGACUUGGCUGUCACAGGUGGAUCUCCUGCUUCCGGAGGAACUACGGCGCCAGCAAGCCCAGCCCGUAGUCCUUUGGGCGUUCUUCGUGAGGAGUCUCUUUCGGCUGGUGCCUCCUUUGACACUCUAGAUCCGGAAUCUCGACCUGACAAUCGCUCCAACUGUGUAUCACCUGCCAGUUCUAAUGGAGGCGUUUAUUCGAAUGAACUGGUAGAGAGUUUUGCAUUAAACCUCCAUCGGAUAGAAAAGGACGUGCAGAGGUGCGACCGGAACUAUCCCUUCUUUACGGAUGAGAACUUGGAUAAAUUGAGGAAUAUAAUGUGCACAUACGUCUGGGAACACCUCGACAUGGGCUAUAUGCAGGGGAUGUGUGACUUAGCAGCCCCGUUGUUAGUGAUAAUGCGUGACGAGGCAGUUGCACACGCGCUCUUCGCCCGACUGAUGUGCAGAGCCAAAGACAACUUCCCUUCUGGACAGGCCAUGGAUGCCUAUUUCGCUGAUAUGAGGUCUCUGAUCCAAAUACUGGAUUGUGAGUUGUAUGAGUUGAUGCACGCACAUGGAGACUACACACACUUCUACUUCUGCUACCGCUGGUUUUUACUUGAUUUCAAGAGGGAACUUCUGUAUCAGGAUGUAUUCUCAGCUUGGGAGUUAAUAUGGGUAGCGCGUCAUGUAGCGUCAGAACACAUGGUUCUUUUCAUAGCUCUGGCAUUAUUAGAAACCUAUCGAGAUGUAAUACUCGCUAACUCUAUGGAUUUUACAGAUAUUAUCAAGUUUUUCAACGAAAUGGCCGAACGCCACGACGCCUCAUCAGUUUUAUCGUUAGCUAGGGACUUAGUCCUUCAAGUUCAAACGCUUAUAGAGAAUAAAUAAAAUAGUAAUGAUGUCAAAAUGUCUUUAUAUCAGAUAUAUAACUUGUAUUUUAAACUGCUAUAAUGGUGAGUAUGAGUCAAGUGGCUAAGGCCUACAAAACGAUUAUUUAAAUUUUAUUUCUGUGACUAUCUUCUCAACAGUUUGAAAUGUUUCAAACCAAAUAUUUGGUCUGUGUUACAUUUCACCUGGGAGACGAAGACCUGUUCUAAAUCUCUCCGAUUAUUUCUAUCUGGUGCAAGUCUAGUAAACUCUUGCUGUGAUUUGCAGAUCUUCCCUGCAUCGCCUGACCUGUCUCCUUCUUUUUUCUCAUGUCGGGACUGCCAUUUAGUAGUGGUUCUUGGCCAUUUUUAAAAUUGCUCUUGUCACGUGCCGCGAGAAUCGUCAUUUAAGUCGUUUUAUUUUCUGUAACUUAUCUUCAUCAUUUGUAAUCGGUCUGACUUUGUCUGUCCUUGAAUGAUCUUUUAGAAAGGCCUAACAUGACCUAUCGCAUUUAUUUCACAAAAUAAAUCAGUGUAAUUAGAAAAGAAAGUGCCAUUAAAGAUUAUCGAUUUGCAGCACAAAAAUGUUUCCCGCAUUGAAAAUUGUGCGAUACAUAUUGGCAUCAUUAUUUAUGUAUUAUUAUGAUAAUAAUACAUAAAUAAUGAUUUGUUGUAUAUUAGACAACAUAUUUACAAGAAUCAUCCAUGUUUUAGACAGAUGUUAGAAAUAUUUAUGUAUUCUAAAGUAUCUACAGUUAAAAUAUAUUGAAGAAAGAUCUGUGUAAACAAAAAUGACAGAAUUAUUUUCCUUGAUUGCAUACAGGUCAGGAAAAACAUACUUCAGGCCUAUAAAAAACAAUAUUAUUUUUUGUUAUUAUGUAUAUGUAUAUUUGUAUACAGCUCGCAACUGUCAUCAUCAGAUUAGAAGAAUCAACUUGAAUGAUGUCAUCAUAUUCUGGUCUAAGCCACUUGACUUAAAAAAUAAGUCAAGCAGUAAAACUUUUAGAAACACAUUGUGUGGAGACAAUAUGGAUGUUUUAAUAGAAAUUAAUUUACAUAUAAAAUCCAUUCGAUGUCGGCCAAUACAAAUGGGUUUUUUAAAGUUUUAGUGCUCAACCCUAAUGUAAUUUAGUUAUAGAGAAAUGUAUUGAAUUUUAAUAUCAAUUUGUAUUAGAGCGUAUAUUGGUGUUUUCUAUAUGGUAAUAUACCACAGAUGUUUAUAAAUGGAUUCAUAGAAAAAUUAACUUAUCGUUCUAAGAACAAAAUAUCAAAUCUUAUUCUACGUUAACGAAAUAUAAAUUAGCCGCAAUUCGCAAAUGCAUAUAAUGUAUUCAAAUUAAUAAAUAAACCCAGUCAACGACGACAAAUGAUACAUUACCUAAAAUAUUUCAAAUGUAAAAACAAAUAAACUGCAUAAAAAUGUAUUAAAUUUAUGUUAUUGAAUGAUUUUUUUGUUAAUUAUUUACAUUCAGAACUGCAGCAUUGCGCGAUCUUUCAGAAUUAAAAAAAAAGUGUGUUAUUAAAAUAAUAACUAUGAAAAAUAAAUAUCUAUAAAAUAUAAUCGCACUAGAAUUUAGAAAGUCAACUACUCAAUUCACUAUACUUAUAGAAAUACUGAAUUUAAAUGCAAUUAUUAAAUUUAAUGAUGUUCUACCUCUUUCUGAACGACGACGCCUCAUUAGAACUGUUUCGAUGUUAUUUAAGUAUCGCCAUAUACGGACGACGCGUCACAUUCACAAUAAUUAAUACGCAUUUGGCGUGUUCAAUGUGACAUGGUUCUGGGUUCUAGAAGUGAUUUUUUAAGGUUUAUAAGGAGAUAUUAGAGUGCGCUAUUUGUGGCUCCAACACCUGAUCUAAGAACAGUAACCUCAAAUUAUUUAAUAAAAUGAAAUUUUCGUAAAUUACAUUUAAAACCGUGAACAGUGGCAACAUUAAAUUUUAUUUUCGAUGUAAUUUGUGUUGCGCGUGGUCCAUGUGUGGUACUUGGUCCGGAUAUUUAAUAUAAUUAUUUUUUAUUAUGCUAAUUAGGAUAAGUGUAACUUUGUUAAAUCGCUACUGUUUUUUUAACCUGGCAUUAUGCAUAAAACUCUAAAAUUUUUGGAUUAACAUAUUUUAUUAACUGUGUAGAAAUUUUCGUUAAACGGAUGCAUUUCAGGGACAAAAUACUCGUACUUACGUAUCUGCUUGAAAUCUCAUUCUAAGAUCGUGUAAUAUAACAAAAGAAAACUAGAAUUCUUCAGAUAAACAGGAAUCUUCAUUAAUUUAAGUCGUUAUUAUUGGCUUUAUAAUAGACGCUUUAAAAAUCCGUCGUGUGUUAUGCAUAUUAUUAAAUAUUACUGUGUACCUAUAUUAUUAGUUUUAAUUAUAUUGUGAUUACGCAGAUCCUCACAUUCUAACAUUCAAGGUAAUUGAAGAAAUGCUUACGAAUGUUAUCUAUGAAUUACAAAUGUACCUUGAAAUGAAAAUCUAUGUUCUGUGUAAAAAGUGAGCGUUUAAAUUGUCUCAUAAUUUAAUGAUUCCGACUGCGUUCGACUGUUUACUGAAUGUUCUAAAUUAUAUAAAUAUAGUAUAGUACACUUCACACCAUUUUUAUUUCAAAGCUUUUACUCACGGAAAUCCAAGACAUUAUCUACCUACUUGGUUAAUAAUUGAAUUAAGACUAUUUCGAAGAUAAACAAAACUAAACUUUGGCAUUAAUUCAUUUUUUUUAAGUUAUACUAAUCAUAUUUAUUAAGUCACGUAAGUUAAAACUAUUUGUAUGCGUAAAAAAUCACAGACGUCAAAGUCGUCCGUGUGCUAUGCCCCUUAUCUGUGAGCUGUAUAUUUUGUGUGAGCUUCCAUGUUACAAAAUUAAGACCUUUAAUUAAUGUUAAACUUUAGAGAAAAUUACUAGGAUUAUUACGUGAUAAAUAAAUAUUUAUUUAUAUAUAUAUGUACUUCAGUGAGAAUAUAAUUUUUAUUUGUCGCAAAUCCUAUCAACUUGAAAUAAGCAGAAAUUUCUAAUCUAUUUAUACAGUUAUUAGAUGUUUGUAAGAAAGAAUAUUUUUGUGAAAAUCCUCUUGUCAUUAAAGUAUGUU